CUUCCUUCGCGCAUGGGUGAAAGGUCGCCAACCAAUGCUGAGCUGGAAUUUUCAGUGCUGCUGAGGUGUCUGUCAACCAUUUGUAUAGUAAAAACAGUACGGAAACCAGCGAAUAUUGUGCUGGAGUAGUGUUCAAAAGCCUAUCUUGUUUUGGAGCAAUUUCAAAGUCUUGUCCAGACUGAAGAUGAGCUUGCAGUGGACAGCAGUUGCUGCCUUUCUAUAUGCUGAAGUUGUUGCUUGCCUUUUGCUUUGCAUUCCCUUCAUAUCACCAACUAGAUGGAAUCGCAUCUUCAAGUCUCGACUGGUGCAGCUUAUUAUGGCAUAUGGAAAUACCUACUUUAUAGUGCUCAUAUUUAUCUUGACCUUCUUGCUGAUUGAUGCAGGUCGUGAGGUCAGAAAGUACAGUGUCACAGAGAAGGUGGAUUUGACCAAUAAUCCAGUGGCAGUUGAACAUAUUCACAUGAAGCUCUUCAGAGCACAGAGAAACUUGUACAUUGCUGGCUUUGCCUUGCUUCUCUGGUUCCUGUUGCGGCGUUUGGUAACUCUCCUUUCACAACAGGCCACAUUUGUGGCUUCCAAUGAGGCUUUUAAGAAGCAGGCCUUAAGCGCUAGUGAUGCUGCCAAAAAGUACAUGGAAGAGAAUGAACAGCUGCGAAUGACAAUUAAAGAAAAAGGAAUCAAGACUCCAGAGGAUGCUGAAGCCAGCCUUGCAAACGAUGAAUUGAAGAAAGAGUUGGCGGCAGUUAAGAAGGAUCUCAUGGAUGCUCGUGAAGAACUGAGUAAACAGCAAAAGAAUAAUGAAGCAAUGAAACACCAGGCAGAGAACCUUUCAAAGGAGUAUGACCGGCUUCUGGCAGAACAUAGCAAGCUGCAAGAACAAAGUGAUGGUGUGAAAAACAAAAAAGAUGAGUAAAGAGAACAUGGAGUAUGGAAUUUGCUAUAGCUGUUUGCCAGAGGACUGCAUCACCUACAUGUUCUACAUCUUCACUCACUUUACCAUGUUGAUAUGUUCUGCCUUAAAUGCGAAUGUAAAAAUACAAAUCUUUAGAUCUAUAUUUCUAUGUCUGAUCCUUGUAUGAAGAUCCCGGUACAGACGAAAAGGCCUGUGAAGCCCGUGUUUUUGAAUGGUUUCUUAGUUCACACCUGUUUAUUAAAAAAAAAUAAAUGUUAUGUCUCUUUUACACAUUAUGUUGUGGAAAGGGUCCAGUUGGUUUAGUCGGUUUGGUAAAUAUAAACGGAUGAUUUAUUACUGAUGUUUUAAAGAGGUUACAGAGUUGCAUCCAGCAUGAAAAUAUAGUUCUGGUAAUCACUUCAGUUCUGGCAAUACUUUAUCAUGCCAACUUUACAAAAAAUUUAAAAUUGCUCGUUCUAUGAUCCUAAUUCCUGUAAGUACAAUUAUGAUGAAUCUGAGAUGAGUUUACAAUCAUAAUUCCAUAACAUGUAUCCUAGCAAUGCCUAGCUAAAGAAAGAAGAAACAGAGACCAUGCUUUCUGUCAGCUUUUUAUACAAGUUAACUUAUUAAAGCAUUCUUCAAAAAUUUUGCUUUCAAAGAAGCCGAGUAGGUGGGCUCAAACUAUAAUAAAAAUGAAUCAUCACAUAGUAUUUCUUUGUACGUCGUCUGCAUGGUUUUACAAUGCUUUUCAUUAAAAUUCGAAUUUAGAUCAAAUGAGAAAUUUUAAGUUAGUUCCAUGGGUGUGAGAUUUUUGCAGAUUAUGUUGGAAAUUUCCUUCAUAAAUUUCCUUCCAGCAAACCUUUUAGAGCUGUAUAGAGGCCAGGUACGGCUGUGACCACAGUCCUGGACAUAUGCAAAGAUUUAUUUAUAGCUCAGUUCUGUUUUUCACUGAAUAAAUGGUGAAGAAUGAAAAGAAAAUAGCUUUUUAAGGUACAACUUAGCUAGUUUUUCCAAUGUAGCUUUCUAAAAUCUUUGCUUAAAAUAUUUUCUAGUUGAUCUGCAGGACCAUGUGCAAAUUCAGCUUUAUUUUUGUUACCGUUAUGGAAAUUAUUCUAGUGCUUGUUUCAGAACUGUUUCUCUUUUCAAAACUUUGCAAUAAUAGUUUUCUAAGUAAUAUGUGCUAGAAUGUCUUUGAACAUAUUGUAUGUUUUUGGCAAAUACGUUUUUAUCUUGUUUUCUGAUAUUGUUUUAUAGUACAUGUAAAAAAGGAAAAUGUGCAUUUUAGGAGAAAUGUUGGGAUAUCUAUGGUUGUAUCAAUGCUACUGAAAAGAUGGUAGUUGCUAUUCCAAACUACAACUGAUUUUUUUUUAUGUCUGUUGUCUUCAAUGUUAAGAGUAAGUUCUUCAUCAAGAGUGUCCCAAAAAAUACCUGACCACGUUUAAGCCAAAAAUUAAUUGAUGGAGCACUUACAAAAAUAGCCGGGGAAGAAACAAGGAUACUUGGAUGCUCUUAUUAUUUAGCUGUUAAACUACUUGAAGUUGGCUGCAAAGCCACAGAUAAAGUACAGUCAGGCCCCACAAGGCUUCAAUUUCUUGGCCCAAUUUUAACAUUGGGCAACUCAGCAGGUCUCUGGAAGGAAAGCACAUAGGGUCCUGCCCUGUGCCACGUCUUCACAUGCAGUGACUGCCGGUGAACUUGGGGCCUUGGACUCGGAAAGAAACAUCUUACCCAAUUCCUUGUGAGGACGUAAAUCAGAGAAGGGCUGGGGAUCAUAGUGAUUUCUUGCUGGUGACAUUUUCAAGAGUGGCUGCAGCUGGAAGCCCACUUGCUGUGUCUGUCCUUUAUCUUAGCAGGUUAAACUGGAGCUUUCUGACUCUAAGGCUCCGUGUUCAGCUUGCAAAUUGGAGAGGAGUGGGCCUGAGUGGUCCCUUGCUGGUGACAUCUAAUGCUUUAGGACUGGGAAACAAAAAGGCUGUGGGUCAGUCAAGGAAGCAGGCACAGCACAAGCCUAUUACACUGUCAAUAAAUCCAAUAGAUUUCGUUUUGUUAUUCUGUAUAGUUUUAAAUGGUAUUGGGCUUACACAUCAGCUCACAACACCAAACUUCCUGAUAAAGUGUUAACCUGUUAUUUGUGCCUGUUGAUUCCGUAUGUGCCGUGCCAUGAAAAGUAUUUGCUCCUUCCUUAUUUCCACUAUUUUUGCUUAUUUGUAAAUCUUAAUUGUUUCUCAUCUCCAGAAAAAAUUAGUAUAAUACAAGAGAAAACGUGUAAACACAAUGCUAAAUUUUUAAAAGAUCAAAUUGAUUUAUUGAAGGAAAAAAGUUCACCGACAUCAAAAUCACCAAUUCAUUGAUUACUGCAAUUUAAAACUAGGUUGCCUUUUGUAUUCUACUAAAUUUGACUGGGGAGCUGAAACAGUUAAGUGCUACAAAUAACCAAAUAUAGUGGAAAUCAGUGAGGGGUAAAUAAACAUUUUUCUGGUAUUGUAAAAAAUGCAAAUAACUUACAGACUUCAUGUUUAUAAAUUUCCUAUAUGAAAAGCAGUUUUGUAAUAAUAUGUGAAAGUUUCUGGUGACUGCUGCUUCUCUGUAUUUUCAUGUAGGUGUAUCUUUUUAUUAUUUCUAUUUAGGAGUAAUGCCGUUGGGAGUUUUGCAUUUUAUCAUGCCACACCAGUAUAAAGACUGGACAAAGCAAAGAAAGCUGAAAUACAGGAGUGACAGCUAAAGAAAUAAGUUUGGCAUCCCAGCAGCUCACCUGGCAGGCCACCAUUAAUGACAGAACCAGAAUCUGUUCAUUUUGACUCAGACUACCAGCUCCAGAACUACCUUGACAGUCCCUGCUAUGUUAAUAGGUGUCCCAACAUGUUAAAAAACGAGUACCGGUAAAUCAUUAGGAUGCAAGUCUUCGGUUACUCACUUAGUUGACAGGGGUAAGUAAAAACCCUUAUUCAUAAGAAAUACAGUAUCUUUCCAAAAGGGGUUUGCUAAUUAGUAGAUUUGUGAAUGCUUAGUUUUUGGUUUAUGUAUAAGAAUGAGUACAAUAGCUCCACUUAACUUUCAGUAAAUAAGGCAGUCUCUCUAAAUUAAAAGAAGUGCUUUCCUUUCAAGAAUAUGUUUAAUUUGUAACCAUGUCAAAAAUGUCACAGUUUGGCUGGUUUCUAAAACAAUGAGGGUGUGUUGCACGAGUCAAAUGUGGGCUUGUCCACACAACCUCCUUAUUAAAUCCAGAUAAUUUGGUUUGGUGUUCAUUUUUGAAUUUUUAUAACAACCCACAUGCAGUGAAUCUAAUCUGAGUCCUUUGAAAAGUGAUUUUUUUUUCUCUCCUCAUUCCUUAUCAAAUUUGCCAUUUUGUAGAUGGUUGUUUUAGACUGUCCAGCUAAAGGAAAUGAUGAUUAAAAUAUUGACAAAUUUCUUAAUGCAUAUUUAUGUAGCAUCCAUUUCUUGUUAACUUUCCCAUGUGUUGGCAUGCUUCUGCUUAUUUUCAGAUUUGUUUGUGUGGUUUUUUUGUUUGUUUGUUUGUUUUUUUUUAGGUUUAUGAACUUGUUGAAAUAAACCAAAACUCUUUCAUUGUUUAUUACGGUUCAAAAGCAGAGCAGAUGCUUUCUAAAGCUGUGCAGCCUGAUAGUAAGCAUACAGUGGGGACCAGGACUAGAUGAGAGCUCUGCCUGGCGUGAGGUUAUCUGUGGGGACAACUGCCUGUUUAAAACUUCACAUGACCUCAUGAUGUCAAUGGCUUAUCGGUUCUCUUUGUCUUUUACAUAUGUUACAAAUCUAGAGUGAUUUAUGAAUCAUCCUUUCCCAUGUUAAGAGUACUACAUAAAUAAACAAUGCUGCAAAGUAUCAUUCUGAAUAUUACGUGAUUCUGUUCUAAAAGGAGAUUUUGGUUUAUUUGAUUUUUCUGAUUUGAUGGUCAUUGUGCAUGAUUGUGUUUAAUUCUUAUGCUGUUAUAAAAUAAAACCAAACAAGCACUCCAAAAUUAAAAAUGAA